GCCGACUGGCAGUACCGGGCCGAGGGCGGCGCCAACAUCGUCAUCAGCCUGCCGCGCCAGGGCCGCGUGCUGCGCUUCCCUAAGACGGCCCACGCCGACCCGGUGGCGCGCCUGCGUCGCCUCGCCGACUACCGCAACCAUGUGAUCGCGCCGCUGCUAGGCGAGGCGGACGGCACGCCGUGGCAGGUUGUGCGGCUGGCGGCCGACGAGCGGCGCCGGCUGGCUGCCGACAUCGAGGAGCGACGCCCGCCGCGCCGCCGUCACCACGCCAUCAACGCCGGCGGUCUGGCGCUCAAGAUGGACGACUGCGCCGUGUUCCCGUCGCCACCGCCGCUGCCCUCGCCGCCGCCGCACGUCUUCAGCGUUGAGAUCAAGGCCAAGCAGGGCUUCCUGGCCGCCGACGACGACCUGGGCGUGUGCAGCUUCUGCAUGAAGCAGUACCUGAAGCUGAAGCGCGGCACGGUGCAGCACGUGAGCGGCUACUGCCCGCUGGACCUGUUCUCUGGCCAGUUCGGCCGCGUCGACCGCGCGCUGCGUGCUCUUCUCGACAGUCCGCAGAACAACCUGCGCGUGUUCAUGAACGGCCGCUUCCUGUACGGGGCACGCGCCGGCGCUGACCGGGCUCACCUGCUGGCGGCCGUGGCGGCGGCGCUUCCCGACCGGCCGGCCCAUGCGCCCGACCGGCUGCUCGACAUCUGGACACACCUCAUGUUCACCGUCCUUUGCACGAGCGAGGCGGUCUGCGCGGACGAGGAAUCGACCGACCCGGUGGUGGCCAUGCAGCGCUACAGCAUCGGCGCCACCAUGCGCGACGCGUCGCUGAUGAUCACGCUGCGACGCGCGGCGCCCGGCGAGGACGGUACCGGCUUCCGCGCCGUCACAGACCUGGCCGGCAACCGCUGGCUCUGCCUCUGCCGCCUGAUGGACCUCGAUCCGAAGCACAUCAACCGCGUCAGCCGGCAGCGCUUGAAGAAGGAGAAGUCGCGCGAGCUGUACCUGCGUGCGCAGCUGCCGCGCGAGCCCAGCCACGGCGUGCCGAUCCCCUGCAGCGUCAGCGACGAGGGCAUCGACCAUCUGCUGGCGGUGUCCGGUUCGCCCGUGUAG